AUGUUCGAUACUCGAGCCAACAUACUCUUGUGUGGAUGCGGUGCGGUUGGCACUAUGGCCGCAGUCGCACUGGAAAGAUCUGGAUGUGCGGCUGUCACGGCAGUGCUGAGAUCAAAUUUUUCAGUAGUUGAGCAGAAGGGGUUUACAAUUGAUAGUGUGGACCAUGGUAGGCUUACUGGAUGGCAUCCAUCAUAUAUAGCGCGCUCAGUUGAGAACGCAAUGAAGCAUGGGCCUUUCCAAUUUAUUGUUAUAGCAUUGAAAGCCCUUCCUGAUAUAUAUUCAAUCCCUGAGCUCAUAGCCCCAGCCGUAACGCCUUUUGAGUCAACAAUUGUUCUCAUCCAAAACGGCAUUGGAAUCGAGCAGCCAUUCAUUAAUGCCUUUCCACGUUCCACUAUCCUAUCCGGCGUGAGCAUGAUCGGCGCCCAUCAAUUGAGCAGCGGCGUGAUUAGGCACGACAGAUCCGACAUUCUCCACCUAGGUCCAAUCUAUAACGCGUCUAUUUCAAGAGAGAAGGAGGAUGAACUGGCGGCUCUUUUCUCCUCACUCUACACAUCCGGUGGCGCAUCUUGUCUCCUAACUGAAAACAUCACAUGGAUGCGUUGGAAAAAGCUCGUGUGGAAUGCAUCUUUCAAUAGUGUUUGCGCCAUGACGGGCCUUGAUUCCGGUGCUAUUAUCGACGCCGGGGGCGUAGAGACAAUAAUUCGCCCAGUAAUGGACAAGAUUAACAGUAUUGCCAAGGCCAGCGGACACACUCUACCAGAUGGCAUCCAGCAGUUGAUGAUUGACUCCAUGCCGCGGGAAAUGCACUUUCGUCCGAGCAUGUUGGUCGAUGUUGAGCGUGGCAACCCUAUGGAAAUCGAGGUCAUUGUCGGUAAUCCACUACGCAUAGCUCAGGAGCUGGGCUGUGAAACGCCAAUUUUGCGUAUGAUUUAUGAGCACUUGAAACUGGUUCAGUGGAGAAUCCGUAGGGCUAAAACCGGGAGUCGCUUACAGAAAUGA